ACCGAGAAGUGUGUGUAAGCUAUUUUAUGGCAGAUAACAUUUUUGAGUGUCUUGAGCUUCCGUAGAAGAAUUUGGUUUCCAUAGAGACCGUCUCUCAUAGCGGCCACCGAUCACUUAGCUUGGAGCAACUAGACCAGAGGACAAAGUGGUCUAAGCUUUGGCGCACAGUGCAAUCAGCUGAAAAUGUCUUUCCGAGAUUUAAGAAAUUUCACAGAAAUGAUGAGGGCCUUAGGCUAUCCUCGCUUGAUCUCUAUGGAGAACUUCAGGACUCCAAAUUUCUCUCUUGUGGCAGAAAUCCUGAAAUGGCUUGUGAAGAGAUAUGAACCUCAGAGUGAUGUUCCUACUGAUGUGGACACAGAAGCUGACAGAAUAUUCUUCAUCAAGGCUGUGGCUCAGUUCAUGGCAACAAAGGCUCACAUCAAGCUGAACACUAAGCGUCUCUACCAGGCUGACGGCUAUGCAGUGAAAGAGAUGCUGAAGAUCACCUCAGUGCUGUACAGUGCUAUGAAAACCAAGCAGAUGGCUCUGGGAGACAAAGUUGAGCAGGACAACAGCAAGUUCAAGUUUGACCUUGGCUCUCGGAUUUCAGAUCUUAAAGCAGCUCGGCAGCUGGCGUCCGAGGUCACGUCCAAAGGAGCAUCCUUAUAUGACUUACUGGGGAAGGAGGUGGACUUAAGGGAAAUGAGAAGUGCAGCCAUUGCCAGACCUCUGGAGAUCAAUGAGACUGAAAAGGCCCUGAGAGCUGCCAUCAAGGAGGUUUUGAAAAGUGUGGAUAAGACCAAAGACAUGCUGGAUAACGUUGUUUCUGAUGAGGCCACUCUGGAUGGCAAGAUAGAAAAGAAGAAGCAGGAGUUGGAGAGGAAUCGGAAAAGGCUCCAGACCCUGCAGAGUGUCAGACCAGCGUUCAUGGAUGAAUACGAGAAGAUCGAGGAAGAUCUGCAGAAACAUUAUGAGACCUACGUGGAGAAGUUCAGAAACCUCUCCUUUCUGGAGUCUCAGCUUAAUGAGUACCACAGACUGGAACAGGAGAGGUUUGAGGAAGCUGAAAACACUCUGAGGUUAAUGCAGAACAAACUGAGAGAAGAGGAAAGGGAGCUGAUGAAGAGUUCCUUGAAAGACGAGGACUCGGACAUUGACGUUCCAGAGGAUGAAGGUUCAGACAGUGACAUGGAGGAAUUGCGUCCCGCUAAGCCACAUCUCACACGAAACGGCCUCAUGACAGGCAGAGGAGCACGUUUCAUCGGGAACAUGCAGGGUGGUGACAGUGAUGAGACUGAAGAUAGUGAGAUUGAUGUGGACGAGGAUGAUGAGGAAGAUGACGAAGGUGAGGAGGAGGAGAGCAAGGAUUUGGAGGACGACAGCUUGGAGGGCCCCAUAUCCAGGGGUCCUCGACCCUCAAGAGGGGGUAUGAGGCCCCCCCUGCUUGAGGAAAGCGACAAUGACUUCUGAAUAAAGAACAGUCACACAUGAUGAGCUCCAGCUAUGUUUGUAUUCCAGCUCUAGUUAGACCGUCCAAGAAAUAUGCAUUACUAUUUCACAGCGUGCUGUUUUUGAAACCUAAUUGUCAAUAUAGUUCAUGUUCUUUGAUAUUUGAGUAAAAUAUUUAUCAUAAUAAAAUAUUAAAUAUUGUAUUUUAA